AUGGAGCCGGGCGGUGUUGGUGGCUGCGGGGGGCCGGGGCCGGGGCCGCUGAUCGUGAACAACAAGCAGCGGGGCGGGCUGCUGCCGGCGGGGAAGGGCCGCGAGUUCAACCGCAACCAGCGCAAGGACUCCGAGGGCUAUUCUGAAUCCCCAGACUUGGAGUUUGAAUAUGCAGAUACAGAUAGAUGGUCUGCAGAGCUGUCGGAACUAUACAGCUACACGGAGGGUCCGGAGUUCCAGCUGAAUCGAAAAUGCUUUGAGGAGGAUUUUAGGGUCCACGUGCUGGAUAAAAAAUGGACCGAGCUGGACAACAGCCAGCAUCGUACCCAUGCCAUGCGGCUCCUCGAUGGGCUGGAGGUCACUGCCAGGGAGAAGAGGCUCAAGGUGGCCCGAGCCAUCCUCUACGUCGCACAAGGCACCUUUGGAGAGUGCGGUUCCGAGGCUGAAGUUCAAGCCUGGAUGCGAUAUAACAUUUUCUUGCUACUGGAAGUUGGUACCUUCAAUGCUUUGGUGGAGCUUCUGAACAUGGAGAUUGAUAACAGCGCCGCCUGCAGCAGUGCCGUGAGGAAGCCCGCCAUCUCCCUGGCCGACAGCACGGAUUUGAGGGUGUUGCUGAACAUCAUGUACCUGAUCGUAGAGACGGUCCGGCAGGAGGCUGAGGGAGACAAGGUUGAGUGGAAGACGAUGAGGCAGACUUUCCGAGCAGAGCUAGGGGCCCCGCUGUAUAACAACGAGCCAUUUUCCGUUAUGCUCUUCGGAAUGGUGACCAAAUUCUGCAGCGGCCACGCCCCACACUUCCCUAUGAAGAAGGUACUGCUGCUGCUCUGGAAAACUGUGCUGUGCACUCUGGGAGGCUUUGAGGAGCUCCAAGCCAUGAAGGCCGAGAAACGGGAGAUACUGGGCCUCCCGCCACUUCCAGAGGACAGCAUCAAAGUGAUCCGCAACAUGAGGGCUGCAUCCCCGCCGGCGUCAGCCUCUGACCUGAUCGAACAGCAGCAGAAACGGGGCCGGCGGGAACACAAGGCUCUGAUUAAGCAAGACAACCUUGAUGCCUUCAAUGAGCGGGACCCUUACAAAGCUGACGACUCCCGUGAGGAAGAGGAGGAGAAUGACGAUGACAACAGCCUUGAGGGGGAGACGUUCCCCCUGGAAAGAGAUGAGGUGAUGCCUCCACCCAUCCAGCACCCUCCCACCGACCGACUCACCUGCCCAAAGGGGCUGCCCUGGGCUCCCAAGGUCAGAGAGAAGGACAUCGAGAUGUUCCUGGAAUCCAGUCGCAGCAAGUUCAUCGGUUACACGCUGGGGAGUGACACGAACACGGUGGUGGGGCUGCCCAGACCCAUCCACGAGAGCAUCCGAACCCUGAAACUGCACAAGUACACGUCGAUCGCGGAGGUUCAGGUUCAGAUGGAAGAGGAGUACCUGCGCUCCCCGCUCUCCGGGGGGGAAGAGGAAGUGGAGCAAGUUCCUACGGAAACCCUGUACCAGGGCCUCCUUCCCAGCCUGCCCCAGUACAUGAUUGCCUUGCUGAAGAUCCUGCUGGCCGCAGCCCCCACCUCCAAAGCCAAGACGGAUUCCAUUAACAUCCUCGCGGACGUCUUGCCGGAGGAGAUGCCGACCACGGUGCUGCAGAGCAUGAAGCUGGGCGUGGACGUGAACCGGCACAAAGAGAUCAUCGUCAAGGCCAUUUCUGCCGUGCUGCUGCUGCUGCUCAAACACUUCAAGUUGAAUCACGUUUAUCAGUUUGAGUACAUGGCCCAGCACCUGGUGUUUGCCAACUGCAUCCCACUCAUCCUGAAAUUCUUCAAUCAGAACAUCAUGUCCUACAUCACUGCCAAGAACAGCAUCUCGGUCUUGGAUUACCCUUACUGCGUGGUGCACGAGCUCCCGGAGCUGACGGCAGAGAGUCUGGAAGCCGGGGAUAACAACCAGUUUUGCUGGCGGAACCUGUUCUCCUGUAUAAACCUCCUGAGGAUACUGAACAAGCUGACAAAGUGGAAACACUCCAGGACCAUGAUGCUGGUGGUGUUCAAGUCGGCUCCCAUCCUGAAACGAGCCCUGAAGGUGAAGCAAGCCAUGAUGCAGCUCUAUGUCCUGAAGCUGCUCAAGGUGCAGACCAAAUACCUGGGGCGGCAGUGGAGGAAAAGCAACAUGAAGACCAUGUCUGCUAUCUACCAGAAAGUGCGGCACCGGCUCAACGAUGACUGGGCCUAUGGAAAUGAUCUGGAUGCGCGCCCCUGGGACUUCCAGGCGGAGGAGUGCGCCCUGCGAGCCAGCAUCGAGCGCUUCAACUCCAGGCGCUAUGACCGGGCGCACAGCAACCCUGACUUCCUGCCCGUGGAUAACUGUUUACAGAGCGUGCUGGGCCAGAGGGUGGAGCUGCCAGAGGAUUUCCAGAUGAACUACGAUCUAUGGCUAGAAAGGGAAGUCUUCUCCAGACCUAUCUCCUGGGAAGAACUGCUGCAAUAAUGCCUGUGUGACACUAGGGGGCCCUGCAGAGACUUGGAGCUGGGGCUAACAUGCCGAAGGGACGAUGCCGGGAAUGGUCGAGUUCC